AUGUCACCAACCAGAGUCCUCGACUACCCAGCUCUAGCUGCCAAAGCCAUCGCAGCGCGAGACGAAACCAUUCCAAGCGAAUAUCUCCUCCCCAAGUCUGCCUAUCCACUUCCCAAAGAUCGAACCUCCUUGAUCACCUCGAAUGGCCUUCUUUCGCCUGAAGAAUUGGAAAUCAUCAACCUCUCAGCAACCAAAUUGAGAGAUGCUCUUGCCUCUCGAAAAUAUACUUCGGUCCAAGCUACCACGGCAUACUGCAAAGCGGCCGCGAUCGCCCAGCAAGCUACCAACUGUCUCACCGAGAUGUUCAUGGAUGAAGCGCUUGAACGGGCUAAAUUGCUGGACGAGCAGUUGGAGAAGACUGGAAAGCCCGUUGGACCAUUGCAUGGCCUUCCCAUCUCUAUCAAGGAUCACAUGGACAUCAAAGGACACGACUCCCCCUCUGGGUUCCUAGAUAUGGUCGGAAAUACCAUCGCUGAGGAAGAUGCUCAUCUCGUCUCUGUUUUGAGAGAAGCUGGAGCUGUAUUUUACGUCAAAACGACCCAACCGCAAACCAUUAUGCACCUCGAAACAAGUUGUUACCUUGGUACCACCACGAACCCUUAUAAUCCUGAGCUCACCUCAGGCGGGUCUAGUGGCGGUGAGGGAGCUGUGAUGGGAAUGAAAGGUUCAUGUUUAGGUGUUGGGACGGAUAUUGGUGGAUCUAUCCGAGCACCGGCUGCUGCAUGUGGUAUAUACGGGUUCAAACCCUCCAUCUACCGUGUUCCAGCUGGCGGAUGUCAGAUGCCAAUGUGUCCAGCAGGAUAUGAGGGGAUCAUCUGUACGCAUGGUCCCAUGGCGAGAUCGGUGGAGGAUUUGAAACUGUAUAUGGAAGUGAUGGUUGGAUCCAAACCAUGGCUUAGAGAUCCAACCGUACAGGUGAAACCUUGGAAUUACAAUGUUAUCUUCCCUCAAGCGAAGAUCAGAGUAGGUAUCAUGCUUGACGAUGGAGUAGUCAAACCCCUUGCACCUAUGCAAAGAGCUCUCAAAGAGAUCGCAGCCAAGCUUGAAGCUUCUGGGCUAUUCGAGGUGGUUCCAUACAAAUGCAUUCUCGCUGCAGAAGCUUGGGAUAUCAUCAGUAAAUUGUACUGGCCUGAUGGAGGUGCGAUGGUAAGAGAACAUCUUGACAAAGUUGGCGAACCGAUGCUUCCACUCUCCCAAUGGAUCAUUGAUUGGAGUAAGGAACUUAGUUUGGAAGAAUACCUCGCUCUUGCGGCAAGACGAGACGAGUUCCGUAAGGCACAAGCGGAGCAUUGGCAGGCCUCAGGUGUAGAUGUGGUCCUGUCCCCACCUUCACCUACCCCUGCACCUGCAUUGGGAACUGCUAAAUACUGGAACUAUACUUCGUUCUGGAAUUUGACCAAUUACCCAUCUGCGAUUUUCCCAACGGGUCAAUUCGUCGAUGCUACCAAAGACGCCAAGGAUACUUCGUACACACCUUCUAAUGAGAGUGAGAAGAUUAUUUGGGAGAGUUAUGACGCUGAGCAGUCGUCAGGGGCCCCCAUCUCACUUCAAGUCAGUGGAUAUAUCGGUCACGAUGAAGCUACUUUGGUGGCUUUGGAAAAGAUUGUGAAGGUUAUUGGGUAG